AUGGAAAUGUAACACACUUGUGUACAAACGCUAUAAAUCCAUAAGGUUGGGACAUCUUUUUUAGUGGAUGAUUGCAGUCCAGUUCCAGCCAGCCAGAACCCAUCCCUCAUAAUUUGGAUGCCAUGAGUUAUCUCUUCAAGAGCAGGAGUGAACCAACGCCGAUGAUACCAGCAUCUUUACAAGAACAACUGGCAAAGAUAAAUGAGGUCCGGGGGCUCCUUGGCGACCUGCCGAUGGAGAUGCCGAAAUUCCUGUCAGACGCCACUAUCCGUCGGUUCCUCCAAGCAAGAAACUGGAGCACAGUUCAUGCUGCCAAGAGUCUGAAAGAAGCUGCCAGUUGGAGACGUCAGUACAAGCCAGAGAAAAUUUGUUGGGAAAACAUCGCGGAUAGUGAGAAUGAGGCUAGGAGAGCUUACAUACCAGACUACCUUGACAAGAACGGAAGAAUGGUCUUCAUAACACUGCCAACAAUAAAGACGAAAGCAUCAGAGAAGGAUCUUAUAAAAUACCUAGUGUAUAACCUAGAAAACUUGGUGCUGAAUUCAGAAGAUGCAGAAGAGAGUGUUGUCUGGAUAAGUGACUUCCGGGGUUGGGCAGUAUCAAGUACACCAUUUUCAUUGACCCGAGAAUCAUUGCAUAUAAUUCAAAAAUAUUAUCCAGGACUGAUAGCAGUUGCUAUUCUAACAAACCCGCCAAGGAUUUUUGAAUCUUUUUGGAAGGUAUUCGCGGACACUAAUUAUACCUUCUGUGCCCUAAAUUAUAGGAUAAUAAAGCACUUCCUCGAGCCAAAAAUGAACGAGAAAGUGAAAUUCGUGUACAACAAUUCAGAGUGCCAAAGGAUAAUGGGUGAUAUGUUUGACCUGGACAAGCUGGAGUCUACCUUUGGAGGAAGAAACACAGCGGGCCUGGAUAUCGACAAGUAUGCCGAGAAAAUGAGAAGACAAGAUCAGAUAAGGGGAGCCUGGACACAAGCCAAUGGCAACACCUCUUCACCCUGAUUUUUAAUGAGUUCCUGUUCCGUGCUAAUUAAGAGCACAAUAACACCACUGUCAGCAGUUAAUUAAACUGGACAAAGAUUGAACGACUCUAUCUACCCUACAUGCUCUGAGCCUCUGAGGCAUGCCAGCAUAUUAGUGAUCCCAUAAAUAGGUUCAUGUUGAUAGUUAAGAACAUAGGGGGAUGUUAACUUUGAAGUUCUGAAUGAUAUUGUUCGGGAUGUCGGGUUAUAUUAAAGAUAUGCCAACAAAAUAUUAUGCAUGAAGCUCCUGGGUUAAGUAAACCAACCGCAAUGUGUCA